CGAGCCUCUUCCGGUUAAGAGCUAGGCGGGCCGCGCAAAGCACUAAUUGGGGAGACAGGGCGCGGGCGGGCGGCCACUCGCACCCACGAGCCCAGCCGCCCAACCGGGAGGGCCCUGGUGCCCAGCCGCUGUGCACCCGCUCACUAAUUGGGGAGACAGGGCGCGGGCGGACGGGGCCUCAGGCAGCCCCCCCACUGGCACACGCUCGGAGGUUAUCCGCUCAGCGCAACCCGCCGACCCCCUCGCCGAGGUGGAUCAGCUGGCCGCGAAUCACAACAAAACACGUCGGGGCGGCGGGUUGGACGGGAGGCCGAGGGGUGGCCGCGGGGACGCGCAGGUGCAUACGCGGGGGCGGGGAAGAGUCCGCGAGAGAGCCUGCGGCCAGGGGGCACGCAGGGGGAGGCUGCCGGAGAGAGCGGGCGCGGGGACCGCGCCCCUCCUCGGGCCGCGAGGCGGGCGGCGCUCGCCGCCCCCCCCCUCUGGGGAGACAAAAAGGUAUGGGUACCUUUUCUCCUCCUCUGACCCCCUCAGGGGCACAUGAGGGACUCCUUGGUCGCCUCGGACGCCUGCACGUCGGCCCGCCGGCAGAGCUGGCCCCCGCCUUCGUGGGGACGAGGGCGUCGUUGAAGGUGGCACCCUUCAUGCUCUUGACCGUCGCGAUGUUCUCGGUGAAGUACGCCCCGUCCAGCACGGCCCCGUCGAACACGACGUCCGACAGGUCCGCGCCCUCCAGCGAGGCGCCCGAGAGGUCCGAACCGCUGAAGUCCGCGCCCUCCAGGUUGGCCUUGAAGAAGCGGUUCCCUCGGAAGGCCGACUUCGUGAAGUCCACGGACUGGGCGCUGCAGCCCGAGAAGUCCUUGCCGCUUCCCCGCCCUUGAAGGACGUGGUCAGCUUCAGGCCCGCGUAUCCUUGCCACCGCCAGAGACGGCCCGGGCGGCCUCGCCACCCGCCGCGCCCGCGACCAGCAGCCCCAGCCCCCGCGCCAGAAGCUGGCGGCGCCCGGCCCCCGCGGGGGCCACGAAGGCCUCGCCGCGCGGCGGCGCCAGCGGCGCCCCGCGGCCCGCCGCCAGCGCCAGGGCCCCGAGGGCGGCCA